AUGGCGCAAGACAGUGACGUCUCCAAGGCCGCCGACAAGGGCAAGGGAAAGGCUGUCGAAGGACAGAAGCCGGAUCAGUCCAAAAAGGGCAACGACGGUCAACUGGCGGUCAACGGCAAGAAGGAUGGCGAUAAGAUCAUAGACGCCGCCGAGGAGCUCAGUGAAGAGGAUCAGCAGCUGAAGAAUGAGCUGGAUAUGCUCGUGGAACGGUUGACGGAACCCGAUGCAUCGCUCUACAAGCCCGCCCUGGAGGCCAUGAAGACGUCCAUCAAGACAUCCACAUCAUCUAUGACUGCAGUACCGAAACCCCUCAAGUUUCUGCGACCACACUAUGAGACCAUGACCAAACUUUACGACGAGUGGCCCGAGGGUGAUGACAAGUCGUCACUGGCAGAUGUCUUGUCCGUCAUCGGCAUGACUUUUUCUGACGAGGACCGACAAGACACUCUCAAGUACCGUCUUCUUUCGCCUUCACAAGAUAUCGGAUCGUGGGGGCAUGAGUACACACGGCACUUGGCCUUGGAGAUCGGCGAGGUCUACGGUAAGCGCAUCACAGGCGAUGAACCUAUCAAAGACUUGAUCGAGCUGGCCCGGGUCCUCAUACCCUUGUUUCUCCAGAACAACGCUGAGGCAGAUGCUGUUGAUCUCAUGAGCGAGUUGGAGAUCAUUGAGGAGUUGCCCAAGCUAGUCGACGAUAACACGUACUCCAGAGUGUGCCUGUACUUAGUCAGCAUGGUCAAUCUCCUGACGUACCCGGAUAAUGAGCAGUUCCUCCGCACCGCCCACGAUAUCUACAAGACAUACAAAGAAUACACCCAGGCCAUGGUUAUCGCCAUUCGCCUGAACGACCUCGACCUGAUCAAGUCAGACUUCGAGAGUGCGUCAGGUCCUGCCCUGAAGAAACAGCUGGCCUUCCUGAUCGGCAGGCAAAAGAUCUGGCUCGACUUUGACAAGGAUGACGAGGAGGCUCAAGAGAUCGACGAGGCUCUGUGUAACAUCAAGCUCGCAGAAUACUUCAAGACGCUUGGGAAGGACCUGAACAUUCUCGAGCCCAAAACGACCGAAGAUAUCUACAAGAGUCACUUGGAGAGCAGCAGGGUUGCCGGUAUGACAAAUUUGGACUCGGCUCGACAUAAUCUGGCCGCAGCGUUCGUCAACGCUUUCGUCAAUGCCGGGUUUGGCAACGACAAGAUGAUGCUUGUGGAGCAAGACAAGGAAAGCUGGGUAUGGAAGACCAAGGAAGAGGGCAUGAUGUCAACUGUUGCAUCUCUUGGCACCCUGCUGAUGUGGGAUGUUGAGAAUGGCUUGGACAAGAUUGACAAGUUCACCUAUGCCCCUGAGCCUCAGAUUCAGGCUGGGGCUAUGCUCGCCAUUGGUAUCAUGAACUCUGGAGUUCGCAUAGAUUCCGAGCCAGCCCUGGCCUUAUUGGGCGACUCGGAGAAGCUCGAGCACAAGAACCCACUUGUUCGCACGGCCUCGAUCAUGGGGCUGGGGUUAUCAUAUGCCGGAUCGCAGAAAGAAGAUCUGCUGGAGUUAUUGUUGCCCAUCAUCACUGAUUCGAGCCAGGACAUGCAAAUCUCCUCCAUGGCUGCACUCUCCCUUGGCUUGGUGUAUGUUGGAACCUCUAACGCAGAUAUCAGCGAGGCGAUAGUCACACUUCUACUCGACGAUGAACGCAGGACACAACUCACAGACAAGUGGACCCGCUUCCUGGCUCUUGGUUUGGGUCUGCUGUUCUUUGGACGUCAAGAAGAGGUUGAGGUUAUUCUUGAGACGCUGAAGGCCGUCGAUCAUCCCAUGGCAAGGCCUACAGCUGUUCUGGCUGAGAUCUGCGCGUGGGCUGGUACGGGUGCUGUAUUGAAGAUCCAGGAACUGCUACACAUUUGCAAUGAGCACAUCGAAGAUUCCGAAGAGAAGAAGGGGGAUGAGCUGUUGCAGGCAUACGCAGUCAUUGGCAUUGCACUCGUAGCAAUGGGCGAAGAUGUUGGGCAAGAAAUGGUGCUCCGCCAGUUCGGUCACCUUAUGCACUACGGCGAAGCCAACAUUCGCCGAGCAGUGCCUCUGGCCAUGGGUCUCAUCAGCCCGAGCAACCCACAAAUGAAAGUUUAUGACACACUGUCCAGAUACAGCCACGACAACGACAACGAAGUGGCCAUCAAUGCCAUCUUCGCCAUGGGUCUCCUUGGCGCUGGCACCAAUAAUGCACGUCUAGCCCAGCUACUGCGCCAACUCGCAUCAUACUACCACCGCGACCAGGAGUCUCUAUUCAUGGUCCGCAUUGCUCAAGGUCUCUUGCACAUGGGCAAGGGCACCAUGUCACUCAACCCUUUCCACACAGACAGGCAGAUUCUAUCGCGCGUAUCGACGGCCGGUUUGCUUGCUGUGCUGGUGGCCAUGAUCGACGCCAAGCAAUUCAUUACCUCAUCAUCCCACUACCUCCUCUACUUCAUGGUGACAGCCAUGCACCCACGUUUCCUGGUCACCCUUGACGAGAACUUGAAGCCGCUCACGGUAAAUGUGCGUGUUGGUCAGGCGGUUGAUGUGGUGGGCCAGGCCGGUCGGCCAAAGACUAUUACCGGUUGGCAAACACAGAGUACCCCCGUCCUGCUGGCCCACGGCGAGCGAGCAGAGCUUGAAGAUGAGGAGUACAUCAGCUUAAGCAGCACACUGGAAGGUCUCGUCAUCCUGCGCAAGAACCCGGACUGGGAAGAUGGCAAAUGA